GUCCAUAUUUCUAGAAUAAAUCAUGAAGAAGAAGAGCAGACGUCCAAGGCCCAGCAAGACACAGACAGCGGUGAGCGUCCUGGAGGAGACGAGACUGCCUGGAAACAGAGGGAGGCCUCGGAAGACUGUCCCUGUAACCACAAACAGUUUCCAUGGCAACGCUGCAGAGCACAAGACUGCUAACUUUGACUUCAGUGUGACAGCAGUUGACAACACACAAAAGCAUCCAGAGAGCAAGACAAAAUCUUCAGCAGGUAGACUGUCAACUGCUAUUUGUCGGCUCUGCCAUGGAAAGUUCUCUCCACGCAGUCUGCGACACGCCUUCAACAAGUGGCCUCAGGAUUCUAUUGAGAUCGUUGACCAUGAGUCAGCCCAGUCACCCCUUUUAUUCCAUACAGAUUUCCAGCAACUGGUUGGGGUCCAGUUGGACCGUGACCCCCGGUUAUCUGAGUUUAUUUGCAAGAAAUGUCACGCAAAGUUCUACAAAUGUCACAGCAUCCUCAUCAGGUUUCUGCAGAGGGUCAACAUUCCACCUGUUGGAAAAGAGAACCCGAAAAGCCAGAAGAAUGCAAAGUGCCCAGAGUCCUCAGUAAACCAUGGCCCAGCAACACCACCAUCCUUCACCUCAGACCCCAAGUGCCUCCACAGCCUGGUGUCCUGGGCUCACCACCACGGAGAGGCCUGUCACUCCUGCCCUGACCUGAAGGAGGUGCUGGAGGGCCAAUGCUGGGGCUCUGUACAGGCCAUUUGGAGCUGUGUUGAUGGCCACAGUUACAUCAUGGACACUCAGUGCACAGCUGCUGCCAACCCAGGGUACAUGGUGAACCUAAGCAGUGGAGCUUUAGGGAGCGGCAGUAGUGACAGAGUGAUGUCAGAGGAGGAGGAUCAGGAGGAGGAAGAUGAAGAAGAACAACCCAGUGGGAAUGGAAGUGUAAGCACUGUGGCUCAACACAGUACACCUGCAGUCCCAGCACAAUCUCGGAGAUCAGCGCUGACUCACUGGACCAGUAACACUGAAGGUCAUGACAAGCCAUUGUCUCCUGCUCUGGUCCAACUGGAGGACAGGGCUGUUGACAGUGAUCUAUCUGACAGGGUUGUCUCUGACGAAGACUUUGAGGAGAGUGGAAAAGGAGGGCUAUCAGACGAUGAGUUGUUCAAGCCAUUCUCAGACAAGAGAGCUCGUGAGAUGACCAUCCCUAUCAAGAGAAGAGGCAGCCCAAAGGUGCCAGAGGAGCCCAAAAUCAAAAAGAAACCUGGACCCAAACCUGGCUGGAAGAACAAGUUCAAACCUAAAGGAGAGGAGCUCCCCAACAUAUACAAGUGUCCAUAUCAGGGCUGUACAGCUGUAUACAGAGCUCCUGAUGGUUUAAAGAAGCACAUCAAAGAGCAUCAUGAGGAGAUGAGAGAGCGACCGUGUCCUCAUCCAGGCUGCAACAAGGUGUUCAUGAUCGACCGCUACCUGCAGCGACAUGUCAAAUUAAUACAUACAGAGGAGAGGAAUUACAUUUGUGACCAGUGCGGCCAAACCUUCAAACAGAGGAAACAUCUUUCCGUUCACCAGAUGAGACAUUCAGGGGCCAAGCCUCUACAAUGUGAGGUUUGUGGCUUCCAGUGUCGCCAGCGUGCAUCACUUAAAUACCACAUGACCAAACACAAGGCGGAGGCUGACUUGGAAUUUGCUUGCCUGCUAUGUGGGAAACGUUUCGAGAAGGCCCACAACCUGAACGUCCACAUGUCCAUGGUCCACCCUCUGACUCAGACCGAGGUUCAGAGAGGCAGCAGUCAGCAGCAGCAGCAGCAGGAGCAGCAGCCACUCUUCUCCGACCUGCACACCAUCACUCUGACUGGGGAAGUGGUUCAGCAAGACCAGGACAGGUGACAGCAGGGGGUCCAGGUUGGCUGUGUGGGCACAUAAACGUGGGACAGGGACCAGUUCUUGUACUGUACCACUUGUACUGAAGUCCCAGUUUUUUUCACAUUCAUGGACUUGGGCCUGCUGCAAACAGAUAUUUAUUUUACGGACAGCUUUUUAAGAGUAUCACUUCUCAUUCCAAAUGAAUGCAUUUCAUCAUCAGAACAUCUUCUGACCAAGUAUACCACAAGUCUAGAUUUGAGCUUGUCUUUAAGGGAGCAGCAGUUUUUCCUUCACAUGUACUGUAACAUUGUCAAACGCUGGUGUGAUACCUCUUCCAAUAGUUUGUGAAAGUAAAUAGAUUUAGAGGUUCUGUCUUUAGGCAGAAUACAUUUUUAAAAUGUCCUGGAUUUUAAAGUUGUAAUCCUUAAGUUUUCAGUUGUGUUUGAUUUUGCAGCACCCAUGGUAACUGACAACAGCAGUUAAUACUACUACUUGGGUAGCUACUGUGACAGACAGGACAGAUGAGCAUCUGAGUGUUUAUAGUGCAUACAAACUGGAGGUAUGCAGCCUAUUUUGUUGUCUAACAGCUCACCAUGGCUGCACCAGACUCUAACAUUACUCCCCUGCAUUUUUAAAAAUUGUCUACGAGGUGAAGAAUGCAUUGCUUUAAAGGGGCAACAUGUAAGUUAUGGCCAGAACACCAGUUUAAAACAUUCAAAGAAACAUCAAUGAGUUUGAAGGAACAACAGUGUUGAAGCUAUGCCAAAGACGUCUGUGUGCUGUGUUGCAGAGACGUCUACUGAAGUUAGCAUGCUAUCCAGCGCAUUCCAGCCUCUCGUCUCAUAACACCAAUUUGUACCCCAAGAGGUGAUAGUCUGAUAGCGCCCGUAGUUAAAGCCAGUAGAUGUAAAAGUGGCAAAUUUGUUUGUCUUAUAAGUACACAAAAUAAACUCAAGAAAGGAGACAUUUUACACCUAUUUUCGUGGCUUAAAAAAGAUAACCAUAAACAAGUUUCUCUCCAUUACUGCACUAAGACAAACUUAUUAGCCUCAUUAA